AUGUUAGAUUCAGUUUAAUAUAAAGGGAGAUUCUCUGUGAGUGGUAAAAUAGAAAAAACAAUAUCAGUCAAAUUUUAACUUUAUUACUUAGAUUCAAAAGAAUCAACUUUGUAUGUGAAAAUAAGAAAUAAGACAUUAAAUGAAGAGGAAUUUAUGAUAAAGGAAAUGUAGAAAGAGUCAUAGUCAUGUUAUUCUGUAUAACUCGAUUUAAAAGAAAAUUGCAAAUACAAAUAUUAAUAUGAGGCAUUCAAUAAUAUAACUUAAAAAAAGGAUAUAGAGUUAAAAUUUAGAGACUUUGAAUAUGCUGAAAAAGAUAAGUUUUAAAUUGAUUAAUGGAAUAAAGUUUGGUGUUUAUAUAGAAUUCUUCCAAAAAGUGAGGAUAUUUUUUAAGCAUAUCAUAUUUCUAUUAAAAAUAAUCAAGAUGGAAAUUAUUUUGAAUUAAAAAAAUCAAAGUAUAUAUUUCCUGCUAAAGACCAUUAUGAAUUAUUAGAUGAUAGUGAAAUUUAAAAAUUUAGAUAAUUUUCACUUAAAUCAAAAGAAGAUGAAACAGAAGAAUUAAGUAAUUAAAUUGAAAUUUAGAAUAUAAGUAAGUAUAAAAUGAAUUGUAUUUAUGUUGAGUUUGAUAUGUAAUUAUUUUCUAAAGAUAAAUCAGAAAAAAUUAAAUAAUUUUUGAAAUCUUAUGAAACAAAUCAAGAAUGGAAAAAAUAUAAUCAAAUUAAAAAUUUAUAACAAUAAAUUGAAGAAUUAAAUUAAAAACUAUUAGAAUAAGAAAAAAAAAAUAGUGGAUUAAAUACAUAACUAGUUAAUGAAUUAAAAAAUAGUGAUAAUUUGAAAAAACAAAUUUAAACUAUAAAUUUAAAUCAUCAAAAAGAAUUGAAUUCUCUCAAUGUUAAAUUUGAAUAAGAAAAAACUACUGCCUUAAUUCUUUAAGAUUAAUUAAUUUAAAAUAUGACAAGAAAUUUUUAAGAGAAAAUUGAAUAACUUUCAGAAAAAAUAAAAAUUUAAAAUAAUUAAUAUUUAUCAAUGCAAGAUGAUUUUGAUUAAUUUCAAAAGAGUGCUUCUAAAACAACGACAGAAUAUAUAUAUAAACUUGAAGAAUCAUAAAAAAUGCUUUAAUUAAAAGAACUUUAAUUACUUUAGAUUAAAAAUAACCAUCUUAAUAAAAAUGAAAAUUCUUAAAAUGAAGAGAUAAUUAUAGAUUUAUGUAUUUAAAAUGGUACAUAAGAUCAAAUCAAUUAGCUUAAUAUUUUAAAAGAUAAGCUUCAAUAAUAUGAAAAAAAUUUUGGUCAAAUGUCUUUGAAAAAUGAAGAAAUUGAAUCUGAACUCUUAAAAAAAGGAAAAAUAGAACAUGGUCUUAAAAGAAAAAUUUAAGAAUAAAUUGAAAACUAAAAUAGUUGUAUAAAAAAUUUGUAAAUUGCAGAAAAAUAAGUUCAAGAAUUAAAAGAACAAACUUUAAAUGAUGCUAAGAACAAUCAAAAGUUGAAAUAAUUGUUAGAAAAAAUUAAAAAGAAAUGUUAAGAUUUGGAAGUUUACAAAAUUUAAUAUUAAAAUUUGUUUCAAAAAUAUGAAGAAUAAAGGGACCAAUAUUUAUAAUUAGAAAUUGAAAAAAAUAAAAAUGAAAUGGAAUUUUAAUAAUUUAAAGAAUAAAAAUAACUUUAAUUAUAAUCUAUGGUAUCUGAAAAUGAAAAAUCUCUAAAAUAAAUGUAAGAUGAAACUUAAAUAUUAUUGGAAUAAUAAAAAGCAGAAUUAUAUAAGUAAUAAAAAUAUUAACAUGAGCUCUUUAUGAAGAGUUCUUUAGAUAUAUUAGAUAGUUUAUAAAAUGAAAUAUUAUACCCUUAUUUUAAUCAUUAACUUCAAUUUUCUCAAAAUUUGUCAUGUAAUUUAAAUAGUGAAAUAUAAAGUAUUUCAUCUUUAAUGUUAAAUAAUUUUGAAAGCAUAAUAAAUAUAGCUGCAGAUGGAAUUAAUAUUAUAACAAACAGUUCAUUUAAUCAUUUGAAAAUAGAUUUAAUAGAUAUUCAUUAAUAAAUAAUAGACGAAAUUCAAGAAUAAAAGAAUUCAUCUGAAUAAUCACCUAUGACAUAAUUAUUAUAACUUAUCAAUUAAUUCCAAAAUAAAUUAUAAGAAAUUUAAUAAUUUUCUCUUUAAGUAGAUGACAUGAUUGAUUAGGAUUAAGAUUAGAUUAGAUUAAUAAAUACUAAUUGUUAAACCCUUGAUAAAUUAUUAGAUAUUGUGAUCAAGUAAAGAAGUAUAUUAAAAAGAAAAAAUGAUGAAUUAGAAAUAUUCUGCAAAAAUUAAGAUAUCAUUAUUGUAGCAUUUAAACAAUUCCAAGCUAAAACUUUGAGUGGUUUCUAAAACUAAUUUAUUCGAAGUGAUUUAGAACCAAGUAUUUGA